AUGACAGGAGAAGAACAACCAACCAUUGAAGAGUAUGAAGAGACCGAUGCUGCUCAAGUAGCAAACUUAAAGAGAAAGACUACUGAAAAGAAGGAUUCAUCUUCCUCUAAAUCUACUGCUUCCUCUACUACUACUUCAACUGAAACCAAAGAAAAGGAAGAAGUAAAGAAACAAAAGGUUAUUGACCAAGAACUCGAUGAAGAGGAACAAGAUGACGCUGAAGAGGGUGACGAUCAAGAAGAAGAAGACGACGACGAAGACGAUGACGAAGAAUUUGAAGAAGGAGAAGAUGAUAGUGGUGAAGAUAUCGAAGAAGGAGAUGAAGAGGAAGGAGACGUAGAAGGAGAGGACGAAGAUGAAGACACAGAAGAAGAUAAAGCCAAAUAUACUCAAGCAUUGUUGGAGAAGCAAACUCGUUACAUCUAUACAAACAACUCUUAUGACCUUAUGAACAAGAUCUGCUUUGGCAAAAAAGCAAGAGAUGUCGAUGGAAACAAAUUCCAUCCAUCUCUUGUCCAAAUGAUCAAACAAUCCUACAGUAUGUUGGCUGGUGCUACUGGUGGUGGUGUCACCCUCUCAAGUCUUGGUGGUGGCAGAUCUAGAAAUAGUAAACAACCUGCCAAAAGAAGAUUUGUCACUAAAGAAUAA